CUUCCAACAUUUUGUAUUCACCCUUAAAAAAAACCCUAAACCCUUUGCAAUCCAGAGAAUAUUGCCACUUUUCAUUUCACAAACCCUAACCUAACACCCACCGUACUCCCCCCCUUUCCCCUCACAAGAGCACCGUAGCCCCACUCCCCAUUUUCCCCUCUCGAGGAAGGAGAUGCUGCCUUGCUACCAGCUCCGUCGAAGACCAGUCCGCCGCCGGUGUCGAGUUAAACCCGGGAGAGAGUGUAUGCGACGAUGAGAGAGGAAGAGCUAUCACCAAAAGCGUCGCCGCCGCUGGAAGAGCUUCGCUCUUCGCCAUUGCCGAGGAGGGGAAAGAGGAGCUGCUCCCGUUGCACCAGUCACCGUCCUACUUCCUGGUUGCUGAUGAGGGAGCCGCGAGAAUCGUUGCCGUCGGGGAAGAGGGGGACACGCGAGAGGGAGCCGUCAGUUUGGUCGUCGUCGCAGCUGUUGAGUAAAUAUUCCUUGCAGUUGGGAAUUAGCUUUAGCCUUGAAAGAAGCCAAAGCUAGGUUUGAUUAAGCUGGUGUUAAACUAAUUACAGUUGGUGUUGGUGGCUCCAGUAAAGCCCGCAUGCUUGCUGAGCGACCUGCUCCAGAAUAUUUAAAUAGGAAAAGUUUGGAGGGAAAGACAAUUGUGGAGAAAUUAGAUAGCUUAAUUGAGCUGACUUUUUUGCAUCUUGAGUCCUGUCAAAGCAGUGGCCGGUUGUUUGAGUGAGAUCAUUUCAAAGGACUAUUUUGAAUUCCUACAAGUCAAAAUUCACCCAGUUUGUGAUGUUCUAUGCAUGUGCACUUGAUCGUGAAGAUUGUGGGGAGAAGUUCGCCAUGGUUCUUGUUCAUUUUUUUCUGUUUCCUUUUUUCCAUUCUUGUGCCAUAUCCUGUUUUUACACUACAAGAAAAAUACCCAUUCAGCCACACUUUUUUAAGCUACAUUUGAAAAGCGUAUCCUAUUCUAUGAAUAGGCUACGCUUUUUUCCGUGUUGCCUUUUUAUAAGAGAAAAGGAUACACAAUUGUGGCAUCAUUUAAAAAGUAUAGCCUUAGGUAUUAUAGAAAUCACUUCCAAAGCGUAGCCGUAGGUUGAUAUCUAUAGGUUCACUUUUCGUAUCAAAGGAGACGCUUUUAGAGAGUAGCCUAUUUGUUAAGUUUUGGGUGCAUUUUAAAAGUGAUGCCUAAUGUAUCUAGUGCAAAAAAAUUUAACACAACUCACAAACACUUAGUAAUUUUUUGUUUCCUUUUCUCCCUCACUUACCCUCUUUGCGUGGUGCCCUAACCUAGAAUCAGAACCCAUCUCACCUCUCUCUUCUCUCGCCACUCUGUCCCUUAAGCCCAUCGCCAGCUCCUCAAGCUUUGGUCACCCCCUCAAGCUCGUCGCCGCUCAAGCUUUGGUCGCCCCGUCAAGCUCGUCGCUGCCUCAAGCUCUGUCGCCCCCUCAAGCUCGUCACGGCCUCAAGCUCUGUCGCCGCCUCAAGCUCGUCGCUGCCUCAAGCUCACGUCGCCACCUUAAGCACGUCACCGCCUCGAGCUCGCGUCGCCGCUUCAAGCUCAUCGCCGACUCGAGCUCACGUCGCCGCUUCAAGCUCAUCGCCGCUCAAGCUCUGUCGCGCUCUGUCAUAGUUCGUAAGCUCGCCUUUCUGCUUCAGCCAUCAACGCUUCCUCGGCCCCGAGUCUGGGUUUAGGGUUUCAGCUUCGGCUCGGGUCUUCCAUCAACGCUUGCUUCGUCUCUCUACCUAUGAAAGUGCCAUGAAUGGCAGGCAGAAGGUUGAGAAAAAAGGUUUAAUAUGUUACUCCUCUUGAUUUUGAAGAGUUGUUGCAGUUGUGAGCUCUUGAGAUUGUUCCAGAUUAUCGAAUUCUUUCUGUUGACGACCUAGCAGAUCAAAUAGCCGAGGUUCUCAACUUUUUUGGUUUUAGUGCAGUAAUGUGCAUGGGAGUAGCUGCCGGGGCUUACAUUCUUACCUUAUUUGCUAUGAAGGUUUUGUCAGCCUCUCCCCUUCUUGUUUUGUCAGCUAAGGGAUACACUGGUGACAAAGAGAAUUUGGGAAAAUGCGAACAGGUAUAUUUCAGGGCUAAGGUUAUCUUUGGAUUGAAUGCUCUUGCUGGAAGAACAUUACAAUCUGGUUCUGCAGUUGGACCAUGGAACUCUUCCAAUGCCGAAUCUUUUAUCUGUUAUACUAUAAGGAAGAAUUACAGCAUUGCUGGUUGGGAAUUUGGCAAUGAAUUGUGCGGGAGUGGAGUUGGAGCAAAUGUUUCUGCAAAUCAAUAUGCUUCUGAUAUUGCUGCAUUAAGAAACAUAUUUCAUGAUGUAUAUAGAGGGAUCAGGCAUAAGCCACUGAUCAUUGCUCCCGGUGGCUUCUAUGAUGCAAACUGGUUCCAGGAAUUUGUAAACAAAUAUGGUAAAUCUGUUGAUGUGGUAUCUCACUAUAUAUAUAACCUUGGAGUAGGAGUUGAUGAGCACCUAAUUGAAAGAAUUCUUGAUCCAUCAUAUCUUGAUGGAGUGGCUAGCACAUUCAGUGGCCUCAAAAACAUACUUCAAAAAUCAGCAACCAAAGCAAAAGCAUGGGUUGGUGAGGUAGGAGGGGCUUACAACAAUGGCCACCAUCUUGUGUCUGAUGCAUUUGUUUACAGCUUCUGGUUAGUUUAACUAACUCACCUUGAAUUUUUUUUAUUAUUUUUUAUUUUUUUUGUCAUUGGAAUGUCAACUGUUUAUGACACCAGAACAUACUGCAGACAGAGUUUGGUUGGAGGAAACUAUGGUUUACUAAACACUUCUACUUUUGUGCCAAAUCCAGAUUAUUAUAGUUGCUUGCCAGAUCCGCAAGAUCCGCAAUUGGAUUCAAGUAGGAUAGUCUUUUAAAGCUUACUGACACUCGUGCUUCUAACAAUAAGAUGACACUGAUGCACUAUCUUUGCAAGGUUCUAGCUGAUAGGUCACCUGGACUGCUUGACUUCCACUUAGACCUUGUAAGCCUGGAAGCUGCGACUAAGGAUAAUAUUGAGGAUGAUGAUAAUGAAGAUUAAGUUGAUUAUUAUUGUGGUUUAUUGGAUAAGAUAGAGUAGUGUUGGAAAUGGAUGCAUGUAUAGUUGACUAAUGACUUUUAUUAGAAGAUACUUAUGUAGGAUAUAAUAUUUUAGUUUUUUAUAGAGUAUUAGUAGUAAAUUCUAAGUGAUAUUAUAGUUAUUUUGAUAUGGCUAUGUUUAUUUUAAUGAGAUGUAUGAAUAUUUAAAAUUAACAUUAUUCUAGUACUUUUGGAUCAUUAUUAUAAAUAUAUUUUGGUUACAGAUAAUUUUUAUUAUUUAAAAAAGUUAUUUAGUAUAAUUAUGUAUUUAUUUUUAUUUUAUAAUAUUUAACUCAUUUAAUUAAAAAAUGCAGAAUUAUUAUAUAUAUACAUAUAUAUAUAUAAUAAAAUAAUAAUAAUAACGGACCUAAGGCUAUAUUUAUAUACAGUAGCUAUAGUAUGAAAAAAAAAUGAGGGACCUAAGGCUACACUUAUAAAAAGUAGCCAUGGAAUAUAACGUGGCUACGCUUGACAGGUAAUGCAAUAGUGUUGAAAAGCAUAGCCUAUUCUAGUAAGAAUUGAAGCUGAAAAGCGUAGUCUUUGGUCUUGCACAACAUCACUUGAAAAACGUAGCCUAUUCCCAAACGCCAAAAACGUAGUCCUUGGUGCAGAAAAGCGUAGCCUUUGAGAAUAGGCAAUGGCCGAAUAGGAAUCACCCCAAAAAACGUAGCCGUAGCCCAAAAAGCGUAGCCGUAGCCUAAGGCAUCAUUUUUUUCCACUUUUGGCUACAGUUUUCAAGUGUACCUGAAUGGGUGUUUUUCUUGUAGUGUUGGUUUCUGUGGAGUACUCAAAAUGUGUAGAUAUUGCUGGGACAACUCCUAAUGGAUGUAAUGAAAUACCAACUUGUCCAGUUUGCCUCGUUUGUUCUUUGAAUGAUUGAGAGAUUGGACCCGGAUAGAAGUGGAAUACUCACUACACUUUGCGAUCACUCCUUUCAAUGCCCUUAUGUUUCAAAGUGGACAUACUUGUCUUGCUAGUAUUAUGAAUCUUUGCUGGCAGAGGCACAAAGCAAAGUGGACAGGUCUGUCUCUGAAGCAGUGGAGAAAGCUGUAACUUCUGGAUUGCAGGACAUGCAAGAUAAACUAGAAAAUAGUACAUAAGAGAGAAAUGGUGUUGCGGAGGUGAGGAAGGAAGUUUAAGGGCUAAAGGAAGGAGGAACAGCAAGGUUUAAGCUGUAUUGUUCCUGUAUUUUUCUUUAGUUUUUAGUUUUGGAAUUUGAA